CCUUUAUGAGCUGGACUUUCGUGUUCUCUGUUCACUUCAUGUUCACUCAUUCUAGGGAAUUCAAACUUCAAAAUUGACUAAUUCUUGUACCAACGCGGAGCAAAACUCUACAGCGGAUCUCAAUCGAAAGAUGGACCCAAUACUAGGGACAGUGACGGGUGCUGCCGUGGUGGCGGCGGGAGCUUACCUUAAUGCAAAACUGUCAAUUGGGACUGAUAUGAAGCGGUUAAGGAUCGAACGAACGGUGGGAAACAGAAUGGGUGAUCGGAUCAAAGACUUGGGCGUCAAAUGUUCUUUCUAUGGCAUGUUUGAAAGAGUCGAUCCAAAUGUGGAAUUCUUGUGGUAAGCCCAAAAGCCCCCAUCUCGAACUAAUGAAGAAACUAAUCAUAUUUUAAUCAACAGGUUUGAACACCGCAUUUGGACAUAUGGGGAAGUCAAAAAAGGUAGACCUUGAGCCUAAACCCCACUUGACGGCACUGAAGCUAACCUUGAAAAAGAUGUUGACAAAUUCGCUGAGUUUCUGGCGAGCGAGGGCAUAAAAAAAGGGGAUUUCGUGGGGGUGUUCAUGAGUAACUCCCCAGAAAUGGUGGUUGCAAUCCUUGCCUUGUCAAAGCUUGCUGCUAUUGGGGCCUUGAUUAAUGUAAAUCUUCGAGGUUUGUAUACAUUAAAGUAUGGUAACAUUUCCCUGCUAACGAGAGUUAGACGCUACGUUAAAGCACUGUAUGAAUGUUUCAACAGCCCAAAUAAUACUCUCAACACCAGAUCUGGCCCAGUUCAUCGAGGAUGACGUACGACAUUACUCACUAAACAUGUCGUCGUUUAAUUCCGUGGCGAUGGAACCGAAAGAUUCAAUAAGGUUUAUCAACUUGGACGACUUACCAACCCCACAUGGUGUUACCCCUGCUGCAUCUUCCACCAUUCAAGACAUUGCAGUCCUCAUCUACACAUCCGGAACGACAGGAAAACCCAAAGCAUGUGCAAUCAAGAAUUUUCUGGUGAUGGUCACUUCUACACCUCUGACCCAAGAUCUGGACGAUGUCAAUAAGUACUUCCCUCUCCGGACAUACUCACCACUUCCAUUAUUCCACGGCACUGCCAUCUUUACGGCUUUGAGUUACAGUCUUGGUACCGGCUCUACCGUGUGCUUAGCUCGAAAAUUCUCGACGUCUCGAUUUUGGAAGGACGUGACCGACUCAGGAGCCACUCGUAUCUUGUACGUUGGCGAAUUAUGUCGAUAUCUAGUCAACGGACCCACAACGCCAUACGAUAAAGCACACAAGUGCAUCGUUGCAUCAGGAAACGGUCUGAGAGGUGAAAUUUGGGACAAGUUCAAGGAGCGAUUUGGUAUCCCAGAAGUUCGGGAAUUCUAUCGAUCAACGGAAGGAGUAGCGAAAUUCGACAACUUCAACACUGGUGCUUGGGGUGUCGGCAAAGUCGGAUUUUCUGGCCCAAUCAAACGAUUCUUAGAGAAAGACACAUAUAUUGUGCUCGUCGAUCCCCAAACCGAAGCUCCAUAUCGGGAUCCCAAGACGGGUUUCUGCGUUAGAGCAAACUUGGACCAAGCGGGGGAAGCUAUUGGGCGCGUAAGAAAUAGGGCUCUACUUAUUGAGUAUCUUAACAACCCCUCGGCUACGGAAGAGAAGAUUAUUACGGAUGUAUUCGAGAAAGGUGAUAUGUUCCAGAGAACAGGCGACUUGGUGAUUCAGGAUGAAGAUGGAUGGGUACGAUUCCACGACCGAAUGGGCGACACUUUCCGGUGGAAGGGUGAGAAUGUGAGUGCGGGAGAGGUGAGAGACCAUUUGGCAGAACUACCGGGUGUUAUUGAUGCUGUUGUGUAUGGAGUGAAACUUCCAAGGUAAAUGCCCCCCUUCGUGUGUCUAACACGCAAACCUUGCUAACGAUGCUUGUAGUUAUGAUGGCCAAGCUGGUGCAGCUGCAAUCACAUUAGAUACCCAAUCUGAGGGACCCUUCAUGGCGGGUCUUCACGCUGGACUCAAGAAGACUGGACUUCCAGCCUACGCAAUGCCACGGCUUGUAAGAAUUACUCCACAGUAAGUUGUGACAACCCGCCAUUACUUAUGUCUAUAGAGUAUUGACAUGGUAUGACUAGAAUCGAAGAAAAUGCGACCUUCAAGAAGUCGAAGGGCGAUCUGAUAAAGAAGAGCUGGAUUUCGAGCGAUCCGGGAAAUGCAAAGGAUAAGCUCUACUGGCUUAAUGGAACUGUGUAUGAAAAGUUGGACAGUGGGAGCUGGGGUACAAUCGAAACUGGAAAGGCCAAGUUGUGAAGAAGUCGGUAUUUGGAUUGACCUAGAAGCAAAUUCAGGAGUUGGGAAAAGGAUGUAGAAUGUAUAUCAGUCGCAAUUGGUCAUAGGUCACCAAGAGAUGUAAGAGUCUGUAUGUUUAGUUUGUUUGACUUUGAGCUCAGGAACUUAUGUCGAAUAAUCUUGAAAGCUACCUACAGUUGAAUUGCAC